AGUGAGGCCAAAAUUGAACUUCCGGUCUUGAGCUGAAAAAAAAUAAACAAAUGCGUGCGGACGUGAUGAAGGUCUUGUGUUAAAGAUUAUAUGAAGUAGUAGACGAGUAGAUAUAUACUAAACAAUAGAAUGAUAUAAGUGCAAUAAGAAUAGACGUUAAUUAGUCGUUAGGAAUCUGGGAUAAAGUGCAAUGAAAUCCAAUGUCAAAUACCAAGCAGUUAAUGAGGAGCAUGGUUCAUCGUUUAUUAAGGAUGAUGGCAAAUGGCGGUGGAUAUGGCAGGGAACUAAUGCUGUCAUGACUUUGUUCUUCACUCUAGCAGCAUAUGUAAAUGUGAAUGAUGAAGAUUUCUACAUUUGGGUGCCUGUGUAUUUGUUGCCAGGAUUCCUGAGUCUUGCAAUAGCUGUCAAGCCAGAAGUCACAGCAAAUAGUAUUUGGAAAACAGUUGCAACAGUCCACAUAACACUUUGUCUGGCAGGGGGACUUUAUCUUACUAUUAUUGUAAUUGAACUAUUGACUGGUGCUAUUGUCAACCCCCUGCAGCAUGAGGAAGGAAGGGAGUUGGGAGGGACAGUCAUCAUUGUACUCUGGCUGUCACUGUGCAGAUUCACUUCAAUAGGAGGAGGUGGAGAUAAUAGUAAAGGUGCCAUGAAUACAUUGCUUUUGAUGACUGGGAUUACAGCUCUCUUGCCACUGGUUGUAUGGGGUCUCUGCUUUGUGGACCCCUUGCACAAACAAUUAGGACACUGCAAGGACAUGUUUUAAAUACUUUUUAUGUCCGCACAACCUUGGUGUCCAAGCAUUCUCUACAAAUCCACUUUUAAAAGUUCAGAAUUCAAAAUGGCUACCAUUUUAUCUAAGAUGUCUGAAGUUUUUGCUUUACCUAAAGGGAGAACAGGGACUCUAGAGGACAUUAUAAAAUUCAAUACCUAUCAAGCCAUUGAUCAUUCUUUA